AUGAUAAAGAACAUCUAUCUCCAGGUGCAGGUGAGCAGAUUUCAGGGGUCUACUAACUGGGCAGAGCUGAAGUGUCACAGCAGUUGUCUUCCACCUGGUCAUCAUUACUACGUCUGGUACAAGAAUGGACAGAACAUUUGGGGACAAACAUCUAAUUCUUAUUCAGCCUACUUUGAUCCUGCAGACAGUUUUUCCUGUGCUGUAGGAGGAUAUGAGAAGUCCCGCUCUCCUUCAGUGUAUGCUCCAAAGCUUCCCUCUGUGUCAGUGAGUCCCUCUGCUGAGAUAGUGGAGGGCAGUUCAGUGACUCUGACCUGCAGCAGUGAUGCUAACCCAGCAGCUAAAUACACCUGGUACAAGAAGAAAAAAACACUGCUCAGUAAAGAACCACAGCUUGUCUUCAGCUCCAUCCAGUCCUCUGACUCUGGAGAGUAUUACUGUGCAGUCAAGAAUGAAGGAAGAAAGACAUCUGGAUUAGUCUCUAUUAAUGUGAAAUAUGCUCCAAAGCUUCCCUCUGUGUCAGUGAGUCCCUCUGCUGAGAUAGUGGAGGGCAGUUCAGUGACUCUGACCUGCAGCAGUGAUGCUAACCCAGCAGCUAAUUAUACCUGGUACAAGGAGAAUGAAGACUCACCAAAAGCAUCAGGACAGAACUUCACCAUCACUGACAUCAGAGCUGAACACAGUGGGAAUUAUUACUGUGAAGCCCAGAACAGAAGAGGACGCUGCUCCACAGUGUCUAAAUUUUUGGAUGCUUUGUAUGCUCCAAAGCUUCCCUCUGUGUCAGUGAGUCCCUCUGGAGAGAUAGUUGAGGGCAGUUCAGUGACUCUGACCUGCAGCAGUGAUGCUAACCCAGCAGCUAAUUAUACCUGGUAUAAGAGGAAUGGAUGUCAAAACCUUCAUCCUCUCAGUAAAGAACAAAAGCUUGUCUUCAGCUCCAUCCAGUCCUCUGACUCUGGAAAGUAUUACUGUGCAGCUGUGAAUGAUCUGGGGAGGACAUCUGGUUUUGUCUCUAUCAACGUGAAAUAUGCUCCAAAGCUUCCCUCUGUGUCAGUGAGUCCCUCUGCUGAGAUAGUGGAGGGCAGUUCAGUGACUCUGACCUGCAGCAGUGAUGCUAACCCAGCAGCUAAUUAUACCUGGUACAAGGAGAAUGAAGACUCACCAAAAGCAUCAGGACAGAACUUCACCAUCACUGACUUCAGAGCUGAACACGGUGGGAAUUAUUACUGUGAAGCAGAGAACAGAAGAGGACGUCAUAACUCCACCUUACAUCUGAUUGUUGUGGCAGCUGUGUUCAGGGAGAAACCUCCAUCAUGUCAGAAGUGGAUCACACUGACUGACUGA